AUGCUCACGUGGACGGUAUUUUACCGAGGGAACACUGUGCACUUCCGCCAUUGUAGUAACGAGUUUGUGGGCAAUGUGAAGCAGUCCAGUGAAGUGCUCAAACACGUUGCUUUGUAUGAUGAGAACCGUGGACGCAACUUUGAAUAUCGCAAGGCGUCUUGUGUUUUUUCCACUGCAGAUGUGGCUUUGAUGAAUGUGAUUUUGAAUGCCUAUGAUCAUACAUUGUCCAUAAGCGCGGAGGAGUUGGUAUUCAAGCAACGAGUGCGGAGAUGGUUCGAGAAAGCCGCUCAUCCACAGCUCAUCUCACCCACCUCGUCCCAGGAGUCAAAACUCCGUACGCAACCUACCUACCAGUUGGCACCUUUGUCUGUCCGUUGGAAUGCCGUUCUCAAAAUUGGUGAGGAAAUAGAGAUGAUAGGUCCGGGGAAGCACGGGAUUCCAAUGAACUGCUGGCAUAGUCAGAAGGAGAAUGGUCCGAAGGAUGAGAGACUGGCGGAUAAGUUGAGGUUUUUCAAACACAACCACGGGGUGUUCCGUCUGGUGAAAGAGAAGGCUGACUAUGAGGACUCCGGAAUAUAUGCCUGUUCCGCCAAACGCGAUGGCGGAUUCCGACCACGUGAAUUAUAUGUGAUGCCAGACGAAAGCAUGGUGUACAUGCAGCUGAAUCACAAACCACUAGAAAAAGAUCAAGAAUUCCGCCCUGAUUAUAAUCAAUGUGCGUUGGGUAGGGUUCCUGUGAUAUAUUCCAAUCAGAAUGCGAGUGUACGCUGUGUGUACGCGGUUUCGCCGUUCUGGAAAAUGGAACCAGUCGUUUCAUUGACUUACCAUGUAUUCGACUCGUCUUCGUGGCAAAAUCGCACGUACCCGUCAUUUCUGGAGACCGACUACUUGAGAUUCCAGGAUGGCCGACUACAGAGGACCUCACCGUAUGUCAAGUUUCAAGACCGACCGGUCCCAAACGACAUUCGGAUUCCUUUUACCCAAGGUCACUCACACCGAUUCCGGGAUCUACGGGUGCAACGUGACAAACUGUGCAACUUGUGUUCCAACGUUCGGUUUCGUACCCCGUAG